AUGAGGCCACAGCAAGAACUUGAUUUCAAUCCCAAUCAUCUCAAACUAUAUUACGGAAAGCUGUUUCCUUUUGCUGAUAUAUAUAGAUGGAUGUCUUAUGGCAAUGAUGGGAAGCACCCUGGUUGUGAUGAAUCUUACUCUAGCCGAAGAGAGUUUGCCUUCACGCUGGACAAUGAUAUAUUUGUGCGUUUCCAAUCUUUCAACAAUGCCCUCGAUUUCGAAAAAUCUAUCAAAGAUAAGUCCCCUUUAAAGAUUGAUAUGGGACCUGUCUACAAUGUCGAGCCUGCAAAAAGGCAAGCCUAUGCACAGAUUGAUCCAGUUGAGAGGGAGUUGAUUUUUGAUAUUGAUAUGACAGACUAUGAUGAUGUUCGAUAUUGCUGCUCUGGUGCUGACGUUUGCUUGGAUUGCUGGCCAUUGAUGACUAUAGUUAUCAAAGUGAUUGAUACUUCCUUAAGAGAUGACUUUGGUUUCAAACACAUUCUCUGGGUCUAUAGUGGACGUAGGGGUGUUCAUUGUUGGGUCUGUGAUGGGAGGGCAAGAAGGUUGACCAAUGAGAAAAGAGCUGCCAUUGCUGACUACUUUUGUGUAUAUAAGGGCAAUGAAAAUAGUCACAAGAAAGUUUCUUUGACGGGUGCCACUCUUCAUCCUUUCUUGGCGACAUCAUACACUAAUGUUCUCAAGGACUUUUUUGAGAAAAAACUGCUUAUAAGUCAAAAUAUUCUUGCUACUGAGGAGAGAUAUGAGAAGAUCCUAAACAUGAUUCCUGAUGAAUCUAUUGCUUCUGAACUUAGGGGAAAGUGGCAAGAGGGUAGGCGAACCUCUAGUGCAAAAGAAGACAUUAAUGUUGUUCGUUGGGAACAGUGCAAACAGUUGCUGCAAUCUGGAAAACAUAAGGCACAAGGGCUGCGUAGGUGCGUUGAAGAGAUUGUGUUCUUUUUUACUUACCCCAGGCUAGAUAUGGAGGUUACAAAACAUAUGAACCAUUUGCUUAAAGCACCGUUCUGCGUACAUCCAAACACGGGCCGUAUUUGUGUCCCUAUUGAUCCAAAUCGGUGCGAGGAGUUUGAUCCUACUACAGUACCCUCCCUUUCGCAGCUUUUAGAAGAGCUUAAUAAUGAAGGCAUGAGAGCUGAUGUGGAUGAAUGGGAUGGAACUUCGCUUGGAAAUGCCAUUACGCUUUUCAGAUCGUCAUUUUUACAGCCUUUGCUAAAAGCCUGCAAGGAGGAGAUAGAAAGUUCCUAUAACUUAAAAUUGCAACAGUCAAAGAACUCCCUCGGUUGGUAGUGUCACG